AUGCGGUGCCAUGCGCGCCAUGUUGUUGCCCGCGCCAGAUCUUAUCGCUGCACGUUGCCACCGCCGCGCGACAUCCGUGGCCUCCUCGCAGGAGUCACUCAUACCGAGAUGGGCCUCAGCUUCUCUCAAGCGCUCGAGCUCCUCUCGGACGUCGGCGAAGACGAGCUGGCCGAGUGGGAACAGGAGUGGCGGCACUCUUCGUCCGCCGCCGGUGGUCGACAGGAGUUGAGGUACUGCACGCCCGCCGUCAGCGUUAUUGAUACGCUCUUCUCGGAUAAAUCGGACGGACGAGCGCUGCGUUCGCUUCACUUCAACGACAGGCUGGAUAUUGCACAGAGCUGCGCCACCGUCGACGCCGCCGGCAAGGUGCGUCACGAUUGGCCUCCACCGACCAGCGGACCGACGGCUACCUUUUCCCAAGGGCUCGCCCUCGGUGUGGCCGUGCACGCCUUGGGCCACGACCGCCGCUCGCCCUCCGUGACGACGCCCCGCAUCGCCGUGCUCGGCGGCGGGGCGGGCGUGCUCCCAGCCUUCCUCCACCACGCGCUCCCCGCUGCUCGCAUCGACUCGGUCGAGCUCUGCCCCGACGUAUGUGCGGCUUCGCGGGCGCUCUUUGGCGUUGAUGCGCUGGAAGAUGGAGGCCGCUUCACGCUGCACCAAGCCGACGCGCUGGCUUGGAUCGACGCGGCGGAACCCGCGAGUCUAGACGUGAUUUUGGUCGAUCUGGAGAGUGGCGACGUCGGCGUGGAAGCGAGAGGGCUCAUCGCUCCGCCCGCGAGCGUGCUCGAACGCCCCUUUGCGUUGGCGGCGGAGAGGAGCCUCUCCGCUGGGGGUGUCCUCGCUGUCAACACCCUCGGCUCGCCCGAGCUCAUUGAGGUGCGGGCGGCUGCGGCAGAGCUUCGUGCGAGCGCAUGCUGCGACGCGCCGCUGCCACCCGAGGACUUGCGAGGCGGAGACCGCUCGCAGACCAUACUCUUUACCCGGCGGGAGGCCUUGGGCGGGGCGGGCACGCGGGACUCCCAGUCUCAAGAAGCCUGGAGCGCCGCGGCAGUGCGUCGCGAGCUGGAUCGGCGCGCUACGCCUCCCCUCGUCGAGGACGCGUGCUCGUGGCUGGCUGGCUGGAGAGAGUGCGCAAAGGCGUGAGUGGCGCACGUCUUCUUUUUUGUUUAGCCUUACCCCACUCUUCUCCCC